AUGGCCGAAGGGCAUGCCUCAGUCCUUGAACUGGGACGGUUUGGGGAACAUCUUCUGGAUUUAGCAAGCGACUUCCGAUAUCGGUGCUCGCAGGAACGGACGGCUGUUUUCGACAUCACAGAGGGCGAGGAAAUGAUUAGGCCCAAGAUCGCCACAGCGGCCGCGCACGGGGGAGGCAUUGAUGUCCCAGUAAACAACGCAGGCAACCUGAAGGCACUCGGUGGACUUCCAGGACAUUACGCAGCUUCGAAAGCUGCGAUGCACGCUGUGACGGUAAACUUGAUGGGUCAACUCGGGCCCUUCAAUACCAAUUCUCCUUCCGUACGGAAGGGAUUUGUGGUGAAGCCUACUUCGCAGGGAACCCAAUUCGAGGCCACGACGAGCUCCGUACGAAAAGUAUCGUGCGCUUCGCUGCUGUCGCAGGGUCAGAGCGCGGGGAUCCCGACAAAAUGGCUGAAGCCAUCGUUGAUGUCGAACGAUAGCCUCUCAGAAUCAACCAUCAAACGCCUCCCUGACGAGUUCUACAACCACUUCCUGUCCGAUGUGGCCAAAAACCGCAUGCCGAGUCCAAUUCGCAGCCUCCUUCCCCUCGAGAGGACACCAGGGGUCAUCUCCCUCCUCGCGGGGAAGCCCAACGCGUCGAUGUUCCCGUUCACCUCGCUGAGCUUCGCUACCCGCUCGCCCACCUCCCCCUAUCAGGAGACGACGAUCAUGCUUGAGGAUGCCGAGCUCCAAGUGGCCUUGCAGUAUUCUGAGACGGACGGCCUGAAGCCCCUCGUGGACUGGCUUUACGGCCUGCAAGAGCUGAACCACGGUCGUAAGAUUGGCGAAGGCUGGCGCAUUACACCCGGAUGCGGGAGUCAGGAUUUAAUCUAUAAGGCGGUUCAAUGUAUGGUCAACUCAGGCGAUGCGGUUCUCGUCGAGUCUCCCGUCUAUGGUGGCGUUAUCCCUAUGUUUGCGUCACUUCAUUGCGAGCAGAUCGAGGUCGAGACAGACGCCCAUGGAAUCUGCUCCUCUUCCCUUCGUAAGAUUCUCGAAGAAUGGCCGAAGGGCAAGCCCAAGCCGAAGGUUUUGUAUACUGUUCCUUAUGGUUGCAAUCCGACGGGCAUGACAGCCACGACAGACAGGCGCAAAGAAGUUCUUGAGCUCUCCAGGGAGCACAACUUCAUCAUCCUGGAAGACGAUCCCUAUUUCUACGUGUAUUACGGGGAGUCUCCUCGCUACCCUUCUUAUUUCCAGCUCGAGCUGAAGGAGCCCGAGGUCGGGCGAGUAGUCCGGUUUGACAGUGUGUCGAAGAUUCUUUCAGCUGGUAUCCGCAUCGGCUUCGCCUCAGGACCUACUGUGAUUUUGAACGCGAUCGAUCAAUUGACAUCAACUUCGAAUCUCCAAGUGCCGUCCCUAACCCAGGUCAUGAUUUACCGACUGCUUAGCUCCUGGGGAUAUGACGGCUUCGCCGCACACGUCAAGCGCGUUGCGGAAUUAUACAAAGCGAAGCGCGAUGUAUUCGAGCGUGGGAUGCGCAAGCACCUGACAGGGCUUGCGGAAUGGGACUCUCCCGAAGCCGGGAUGUUUUUCUGGUUUAAGUUGCUUCUUACGGAUGAGGCUGGUCUUUCGCACCAGGGCGACUCCGAGGAUGUGAUUCGGACCCGUGCUUUUGAGAACGGUAUCCUCGCUGUGCCAGGAACUGCCUUCAUCCCCAACGGAGGCAAGACUCCAUACGUGCGGGCAUCGUUUAGCUUGAUUGGAGAAGACGAAAUAGAUACGGCCCUCCAAAGAAUCCGUGAUGCGAUCUUGCAGGAGAGAGCGGCGAGGAAGGCUGCGGUUGUUUAG